GGUAACUACUAUUAAUCGAACUAUUUACAUGAACUUAUUCAACGGCUAUUUUAGUACGGAUUUAUUUAGUCACACAGCACUAGUUUGUGAGUAGUAGCAUAUACGACCCCCGGUGAUUCGAAGCCUAGAUUCCUUCCCGUAAACGUAGGACAAACGGGACUAAACGAAUAUAUUAAUACUAGGAUAAGAACAUAAAUCCUCUCGUUCCGGUCGUUCCUCACCUGUAUUAAUAUCUCGGAAAUUCACCCGUCAAUUGGUUGGCUAAUCUCCAACAUUUUAAUAUAUUCGUUUACGAGUCGGCGCGGUCAGAUACGGUAUGUCGAAUCGAGGUCGGUCAAAUAAAGGCAGCAAUGCCGGUGGUAGUGAAAAAGGUGCAAUCGGUGGUGUGCAAGUGGUGGUCACAAGUGAAACUAUUGAACCAGAACCCUCCUUCCCAGGACAGUCGUGCAGAGUUUGCCGUACAAGCGACACCGAAGAGAUGGUGAGGUGUGAUACAUGUCUCAAAUGGUACCACUUUACCUGCGUUGGCGUCACUCAAGCUAUCGAGAAUAAUCCUUGGGACUGUGUAUACUGCGCGCAAUCACUGAACGUUCCUGGUAAGCUACCAAGUCGGAGAGACGGCGGAAUUUCCUGCGGUGGUACAAAGAAGAAGCAGACUGUCAAGGUUUCUGGUGGUAGCAACAAAUGUUCGCAGCCGAAUGAUCUGCUCACACCCAAAUCGUCGAAUCCAUGUCAGACAGGACUGGGGCUGGAACCUAAAAAGAACGAGAAGAAGAAGUCAUCGAAAGGAAAAACGGAUAUACCGGAUCAUCUCUCCCAAGAUCAGCAGCAGGUAAAACAGAUCGCCGAGUUAACACUGAAAGAAUACGCAAUUCCUGCGAUCAUUAGUAAAAAACUGCAGUCUAAAACUAGCGCCGAGGAAUUAUUGAAGGAGACGGACGGUCGCCCACCGAAAAACAACAGCGGAAGAAGUAAUUCGAUAGUUUCCGGUGCCUCUAACAGAUCUACACAAUCUCUCGCCAAACUGCGACUGCAAAACUUGAAGAAGAACGGAUCCUUAAUCAAAAGAAGAUUGAACAGGAACAAGCAUACUUGGAUGAGAAAUACAAACUACUGGAAGAGCUAG